UCUCAUAAAUGAAUAACAAAAGAAAACCAUGGCUUGGUGUUUUUUCUUUUGCUAUUUACAUUAUUCUUGAUAAUUUUCUCCAUUGUUUGAUACCGAAUCUUCAAGCUUUUAUGAUUGUGUUUCUGGGUUUUUGAAUAAAUACAGGGAAGUAAUGUAUAAGUUAGAACCUGCAACAACAAAAAAAAUUUCUUUUGGCUAAAAACUUGAAUUUUUGUAUGGUAUAUGAUUGUUCUCCUAAUGGUUUGUUGUUGCCUUUCUCUGGAGCUCUGUGAUCAUUAUUGGAGAGAUUGAUUCACCUUUCAUACUUGCAUGUUAGUUUUGUUGGUAAAUCACUAAUAUGAUUGUUCAUGUUGGUCGUUACUAUCCCCCUGGUGUUUUUUCUUUUCUUACUUCUUGUACUAUUCUUUCAUGAUUUUCUCCAUUCUUUGAUGUCAAAUGUUCAAUUUUUUAUAAUCAUGUUUCUGGGUUUCUGAAAUAAUAUAAGUAAUGUAAUUUAGAACCCGCAAAGUUUUUUUUUUUUUUUUUUUUUUUUGCGGCUAAUAACUUGAAUUUUUGUUUUGCAUAUAUGAUUGUUCUCUUAAUGACGCGUGGCUUUCUUUGGAGCUUUGUGAUCAUUGUUGGAGAUUGAUUUACCUUCGAAGUCACUACUUGCAUGUUAGUUAUGUACUAUGAUUGCUGAUGCUGAUAGUUAAUAUCCCCUGGUAGAGUUUUUGAGCUGGUGAGGCACAUAUAUUGUUCAAUAAGGACUCAGAAAAAGGAACUCAGUAGAAGAUAACAGACCGAUUUGGGUUCUUGCUAGUGGUUUUUCUAAAACCACUCAUUCGAUCAAAUAAGUAAGCCCCAGCAGGUGGUAAUACUGUUAACCAACGGCCACUCUCCUUCAAGAAACCAGUUGGAGUAUUGAUACGCGGGCCUCAUAAUCUCUGUUCAAACUUUUAGGGCGUUGGAUUCUUUGUAAAGCAGUGCAACAUUCAAAGUUCUUUUCUGAUACAAGUCAGUAAAGCUCUGAUGUCACCCAGCUCCAAAAUGGGUGAUGGGUUGAAGCAGCAGAGGUGGGAGUUUAGGAGGAGGGACAGUGACAUGGAUUCUUCAAGUGAUGAGUCUAAAUCAAGUAGUGAGGCGGCUCACAAGAAGCAUAACCUGGUUUGCAGUUUGAUUCCACUUGAAAAUGAUGAAGCAAUUGGUAACUGCAGAGUCCAGCAGACUGGCAUGUUCAAUCCUAUGGAUGAUCAGAUCAUGUUUCAGAAAGGCAAAAGGGUGCAUCUUAGGAGGAGGAAAAAGGAUAAUUGGAUUAAUAAUGACAUGGAGAGGGAUUCCCGUAAAGAAGUUAGUAGAAAAAAGAGUAGAACUAGUGUUUACGAUCCUGCUGCUUUGGAUGAACUUAAAAUCUUCAUGGAGUCCUUAUUGGAGGAUCUUAAAGUGACAAGAGAAAAUUUGUUUUCAUGGAUGAGGAAGGAAAUGCAAGAAUUGAUGGCUGAUGAUGAUGCUGCUCCACGUCUUGAGCGAAGAAAAGGAAGUUCUGGAGGGAAAAAUGUCCGAGUACGGAAUGGUGACAACUUUGUGGAAAACACCAUCUCUAAGGAGCACAUACAGGUUCUUAAUAAAAGAAAACUUGAGGAAAACAUUAUAAUUCAGCAUCAAAACAACUUUGACGAAAAUGUCCUGGUGCAACGUGAAAGCAACUAUGAGCAGAAUGCAUGUCCGGAUCAUCAUAACAAAUUUAAGGAGACCUUCCAAGUGCAGCAUCAGGGCAACUUUGAAAAAGUAAAUGUUCAAGUGAACUAUCGAAAUAACUCAGACCUUGGCAUGGAAGCUCAAAAAUGUGAUAUGGGAUCAAUAGAGAGGAGUGUUAAAAGCAAUACAGCAGCGGGUCAUGAUAAUUGCUAUCCUCUUAAGCCAAAUUUUCAAUCUGCAGACAAGAAUGUGUGGAUGCAGCAUGAAAAGAACUAUCUAUUAGGCACAAGAGCUCAAGCUUACAGUGGUAGAUCUUUAGAGAGCCCUUUAAUAGGCAGAAAGAUGGCUCAAUCUAAUUAUUUCUAUCCAGUAAUUGAACAUCGAGUUGAUCGUGUUCAAGAAAUUGGAGCCGAAACAUCAUCUGAAAAGGAUAGAGGUGAGAGGUUGGGAUUACCUAUUGAGUCCACUUUUUCUUCCAAUCUUUCCAGUCAGGUAGCUUCUUCAAUGUAUUUGUCAUUACCCACUGUGUUAACUGAGCCCUGUGGUGAGAACCAUAUGCUUAGUGCUUCUUCAAGCAAUUAUAUUCGAACACCAUGUGAUAGAAACAAACUAGAUGUGAACUAUGGGAAGGAAAAUCCAAUGCUCAAAGUAAAUGGUCAUCAUGGAAAAUCAUCAGGCAUGCAGCAAGAAGAAAGAAAUGGAAGCUUUGCUCAACUGGGGUCCCGAAAUAUGAGUUGUUUCGAUAAACACUGCAUCCCAAGUUCAAGCAUUGGAACAGGAUUCCCAGUUCCACUUCAUCAGCGUACGGACAUUGGUGUUAGCAUUCCAAGCCAAGUAGGUUUGCAAUACCUACCCCAGGAAGAAACGAACAUAAUGGGUUUAAGGAUGGACGAUGGAGCCUCAACGUUCUCUGGUGGAAGCUAUGCUGCUAUAUCAGAAGGCUAUCUUGCAAACACUUUUUACAGAAAUUCCAUUAGUAAAGCUCAUGACAGACUCAAGGCAUUUCAAAAUCAAGACCUUGAAGAGGGCCUUUUAUUCCCAAAAUAGCAUAAGUUAUAACAGGGUUGAACUUGAACAAUGGACAAGAUUCAAAACUUCUGUUAUGGUAUAUGCUUUUGCAGAAAAGAAACCAAUUGUGCUUUGCUUUCUAUGUUUUGUUGUUCCAGAUAACAGGCAACAAUCAAAUUAAAUUUAUGCUGCCUUCUUGGUUUAUGUCAUUUUGAAACUGGGAUUCCAACUUUCUUGUUUUGUCAUGUUUUGAUGCUUAACCACCAUUAAUUUCUUGGUUCUGAGGACAUAUUGAAGGAGCUAGCUUUGUGACCAAGUCAACUGGCUGCAGAAUUUGAAACUUCGCUGACAAGAAAAUGUUGAGCUGUGUUACAACUUACUGAGAUUCUGAGAUGAUUUAGUGGCGUGGUAAAUUUUGCUCUUUUUUUUUUCUUCCCUUGAUUUGGAUAUGAUUUGUUGGUCAUAAUAUUCUGGUGCCGAUACUUCUUCUUCAUACUAUUAUUACACAUGAAUGGAUUGGGGGUCAAUGAAUCUUGAAAUUCUCUAAAA